ACCGUACGGGCUGAACUCAAGUUUUACGGUGUGCGACUCUCCCUCCGACCAAUUUUUUUUUAGAACGCCGUUGUCCAGCAGCACGCUGACGCUAUCAGAGCUGGGUUUUGUGGUUUGAAAGUCUCGGCUGAUUUGCCGGCUCUAUUUGUGCCUACACCAAACAAUGAGAGGGUCGUCAAGCUUGGUGCUGCGUCAAUGGUGUUCAACACCUUCCCCUCGUCUUCUUAUCAAUGUUCUCAAUUGCUCGAGAGGCUUAUCCACAAAAGCUGCAACGGUCAGUUCUCCGACCGUAUGUCAGUGUCGGAAUCUUCAGACUGCUACUUCUCCUGUUGUCAGUUCUAGCUACGUGCCCAGUUCCUACGUUACACAGAAGAAGCAUGACGUAGCUUCUUCCACGGAAACACAACCGGUGAUGCAUGAAGGUUUGGGUGCCUUCCAAAAGCUGCCAAUGGUGAUGCCAUCACUUGAUAUUUACUCUUCUGCACUCAAGAAAUCAAGGAGAAUCCAACCAACGAAAGGCAUAGCUAAUAUUGCAAAGCGGGAAAGAAAUAGAGGAGCCAAGCAACUCGAUGCACUCAUGAAAGAAUUGGCCCUGCCUUUGAAGGGGUACUUGGAAAAUUUCCCGAGGAAGAAAGUUUUGCACCCCUACGAGCGCUCUCUUAUUGAGCUGACACUUGGAGAUGGGAAGUAUGAGGAGGUUUUAGGAAAGGUUGAUGCUGUAAGGAAGAAGGUACAAUCUGUCGGGAAAGAACAUGCUUCUCUUUGUGCUAAGUCAUUGUCAAAGCGAGAAGCCGAGGAACGCUUGAAUGAGGGUGUGGAGAAGCUUGAAUCGAUUUUCCAACAAGAAGGAAGAGCAGUUGAUGAUUUGUUAAACAUAGCAAAGACUUUAAGGGCCAUGCCAGUUGUUGAUUUGGAAAUGCCUACUCUCUGUCUUGUUGGGGCUCCGAAUGUGGGGAAGUCGUCCUUGGUUCGCAUUCUUUCCACAGGGAAGCCUGAGAUAUGUAACUACCCGUUUACCACUAGAGGAAUUCUGAUGGGUCACAUCGUUUUGAACUACCAACGAUUCCAGGUGACAGACACCCCUGGACUUCUCAAGAGACACGAUGAGAGUAGGAAUAAUCUAGAGAAGCUAACUCUUGCUGUCCUCACACAUCUUCCGACCGCGAUUCUCUAUGUCCAUGAUCUAUCUGGAGAAUGUGGGACUUCUCCUACUGAUCAGUUUAUGAUUUAUAAAGAGAUCAAGGAUAGGUUUAGUGAUUACCUGUGGCUUGAUGUUGUUUCCAAAUGCGAUCUGCUUGGAGGUUCUCCCGUGAUCUUUGCCAAGGAAGAUAUUGAUGUUGAUGACGUGGAACUCUCAAGAUACCGGAAAACUGGACCAGAUGGGUCAAUCCACGUGUCGGUCAAAACCGAACAAGGACUUAGCCAGUUAAAAGGCAGAGUGAAUGGGCUUCUAAAUGCUCAAAUGGGGAGAAUCAAAAGCGAAGGGGAGAGCCAAAACCAGUGAAUGCAUUUGAUGUGGAAUUCGGACCAAACAAAAGAGAAUAUCGGUGUAACCUGAGAUCAACCCUCUAGGAGGUCCGGAGGGUUGUGUCUGAUUUCGAAAGCAUGAAGCCGAUAAGUAUUUUAUUAUUGGUCACAGGAGCAGUCCAUGGAACUAGAAUGAUAGUUUAGAUGAGAAAGGCGGACGAUGAUGGUGUAUUAAUUCAUCUUAUUUCCUUAAGGGUAAGGGCGAAAUUAUAAUUAUAAAUUCAA